AAAAUAGUUAUGUUAGAAUUAAGGAAAAAAAAUAUACUAAAACUUAAUUCUUCAGUCAAAUAACAUGUCUUGUUUCCUUUAUCACUUUGUCUAAGCUUAAGUUGUUACUUAAUUUGAAACUUAUAACACGAAUUUUCACAUAUCGACCAACAACUUCAUUCCCUUCUUCUCUCUCUCUCUCAAACCUGCAGUCAUGGCUGCUCCUUUGAUCCUCAAGUACCACAUAGAUCACCAACAAGAUCCGAACCCGACCCGCCUAUUCUCUUCGAUCCAAGAAGCCAAAUCAAUCGCCAAAAUAUCGCUCCCAAUAAUCUUAACCGGUUUACUCCUCUACUCUCGCUCAAUGAUCUCAAUGCUUUUCCUCGGCCGUCUCAACGAUCUCCCUGCUCUCUCCGGCGGCUCACUCGCCCUCGGCUUCGCCAACAUCACCGGCUAUUCUCUCCUGUCCGGUCUCUCCACCGGCAUGGAACCCAUCUGCGUUCAAGCCUUUGGCGCCAAAAGAUUCAAACUCUUAGGCCUUGCUUUGCAGAGAACCAUUCUUUUGCUCCUCCUUUGUUCUCUUCCCGUCUCCAUCCUCUGGCUCAACAUCAAGAAGAUCCUGUUAUACUUCGGACAAGACCAAGAAAUAUCGGACAAAGCAGAGAUAUUUAUCCUCUUCUCUCUCCCUGAUCUGUUUCUCCAAUCAUUCUUGCAUCCUCUCCGUAUCUACCUCCGAUCUCAGUCCAUCACUCUGCCUCUUACAUACUCUGCCUUCUUCGCUGUACUCCUCCACAUUCCGAUCAAUUACAUUCUCGUUUCUUACUUCGCUCUCGGCCUUAAAGGAGUUGCAUUAGGAGCAAUCUGGAGUAAUGUUAACCUACUAGGGUUUCUGAUCAUCUACAUCGUGUUUUCGGGUGUUUACGAGAAGACUUGGGGAGGCUUCUCAAUGGAUUGCUUUGAAGGGUGGAGAUCUUUACUAACGUUAGCAAUCCCUAGCUGCGUCUCGGUUUGCCUAGAAUGGUGGUGGUACGAAAUAAUGAUUCUUCUUUGUGGACUGUUACUUCACCCGCAAGCAACCGUCUCGUCUAUGGGAAUCUUGAUCCAGACCACCGCUUUGAUCUACAUUUUCCCUUCAUCUCUUAGUUUCAGUGUCUCCACACGCGUCGGGAACGAGCUAGGCGCGAACCAGCCUAAUAAAGCAAGGAUAGCCGCCAGGACCGGUCUCUUUUUAAGCCUAGGGUUAGGUUUAUUCGCCAUGUUUUUCGCUUUUAUGGUGAGGAAUUGUUGGGCUAGAUUGUUCACUGAUGAGGAAGAGAUUUUGAAGUUGACUUCCAUGGUCUUACCGAUCAUCGGGCUUUGCGAGCUAGGGAACUGUCCUCAGACAACAAUGUGUGGUGUUUUGAGAGGAAGUGCUAGACCUAAAUUAGGAGCAAACAUAAACUUGUGUUGUUUCUACUUUGUGGGAAUGCCUGUGGCUAUAUGGUUAAGUUUCUUUGGUGGGUUUGACUUUAAGGGAUUGUGGCUUGGUCUCUUUGCCGCCCAAGGCUCGUGCCUUGUUUCGAUGUUAGUCGUGUUGGCUAAGACUGAUUGGGAAGCUGAGGUUCAUAGGGCAAAAGAACUCAUGACUAGUUCAUGUGAUGGCGAUGGUGAAUAUGAUGAUGACGAUAGCGGAAGUAAUACGAUGCCUCUUCUGUUGGAUAUAGAAGAAUGUGGGAACUACAAGCAUUUGAAUGUUGUCUAAAUCUUUGUCACCUUGUUUGAUUUGUUGCCAGUUGCACUAACUAAAUUUUUUUUCAUUGUAAACUUUCUAAUUUAUUAUUUCAGAAAGCACUUCAAACA